AUGGAAACACAUCGCAUCUCCUUUUACGGGGGUGGUGUGCAAAUCUCCUUGCAGAAUAUUCCUGGUAAAAGGCCUAAGGGCCCAUCUUUCCUACGGGCCUGGUGCAGGAAGGGCCCUAAAGCAGCCCAGAGGACUACAGUGGGCCGCAAAACACUCGAAGAAGCUUCGCUCUUUCUCGUCGCUCGCUGCAUAGCCUCAAUUCAAGUUUCAACCUCAGCUAACCAUCCAAGGUGCGGGAUGGUGGGGAAAUCUUUGGCUGCUCCUUUGCUAGCUUUUGAUUCGAUAGUUCACCUCUGUUCUUAUCAUAAUAUUGUUUCAAUACCAACAGGCAGACCAAUCAAUGUAAAUUUUGCAAUAACGACUCAGAUUUCUAGGAAUUGGGAGUUGCGUUCGACCGCUCAAGUUCAGGACACAGUUCUCAGCAAAGAAGACAAUAGAAAAUGGGAAUCUUGUAAACGAGCUCUAUCUGCCUUUGGUUUUCCGAACGAGGAAAAUGAAAAAAUUCUCGGCAAAGCAUUUGGACAGAUUCAUUCUCCUUAUUGGGGAGAAGAGAGGAAAAAAGAAGUCCCGGAAUUCGAGGCGGUGAAUGAAAUUUUAAGUUAUCUUAAGAAUUUAGGCCUAUCAGACGAUGAUAUCGGUAAAAUCAUUAAGAAAUUCCCCGAGGUUCUCGGGUGCAGCUUGGAAAGUGAAGUGAAAGAGAAUGUGCGGAUUUUGGAGAAAGAAUGGGGCAUUAAAGGGAACACACUAAGGAAUCUUUUGCUUCGUAAUCCUAAAGCUUUGGGUUAUAACAUCGAUUGCAAGGGAGAUUGUAUGGCGCAAUGCACUCGUUGCUGGGCCCGGUUUUAGUCGCUCGUGUAUAGGUAUUCUUGAUCAAGUUAUACUUAGUUUUGUUCUUUGAUACUGUAUGCUAUACUUUGUACACUGUUACUCAGUACCUUUUGCAAUUAAGAACAACAUUAUGUAAAAAUGUUAGUUAUCUAUUUAUUACAACAAAGGCAUUGCUGAUAUGAAGGGGUUUGUUCUUUUUGAUGAUUUAGAAAUUAGCUGUCUCUGAUUAAGGG